AUGCCAGCAAGCGUCAAGCAUGAAAAGGAAGAAGUGAUCACGACCAGUAGAGACGGUCAAAUCCGGCAAUACGACUCCGAGGAAGUAGAGGAGUCGUUAAGGCUCAUCGAAGACGUGAAGUUUUUCCUGGCAACAGCCCCAGCAAACUGGCAAGAAAAUCAGAUCAUUCGCAGGUAUUACCUGAACAACGACCAAGGUUUUGUCUCGUGCGUUUUUUGGAAUAACCUGUACUACAUUACGGGUACAGACAUCGUCAAGUGCUGUGUGUACCGCAUGCAAAAAUUCGGAAGGGAGGUGCUGGAUCGCAAGAAAUUCGAAGAGGGUAUAUUUUCCGACCUGCGACAUCUCAAAUGUGGCGUUGACGCUACUCUUGAGACUCCCAAAUCCGAGUUUCUGUCUUUCCUGUUCAAGAACAUGUGUCUCAAGACCCAGAAGAAGCAGAAGGUUUUCUUCUGGUUCAGUGUGCCCCACGACAAGCUCUUUGCCGAUGCUUUGGAAAGAGAUAUGAAGAGACAGAGUGCAAACCAAAGCUCUACCACGCGAUCUGUAAGUGAGCCCGCUUUGUCUUUCACCUACGACGAUCGAUUGGGCAUCUCCUUGUAUGAUCAAUUGAUACAGCAUACGCAGCUGCAGCGCACAAAACGCCCAGAUUCAUCUACAGGAGUGGAAUCUACCACUUCCACGCAUUCGACUACCAAUUACAAUCAGGUAGAGACCAAAACCAUCAUAUCUUCAGAAUACAGCCCGACAAAUGUAAAAGAUGAAACCAUUGGCUCCGACAUGACGCUCGCUGCCGACGACAUGACCUCGAAGUACACAUCUCAGGAACUCGUACUGAAUCCGCCACAAGGAUCACCAGAGGAGCUUGAGUUGAACCCAAUUUCGCAGCCUGUUCGUUUUACGAAGGAAAAUGGAGAGGAUGACGAUUUUCCGUUGGACUAUUUUCCUGUCGAAGUUGAAUAUCCGGAUCAACCGCUCAACUCUAAUAUUUACUACGAAAACGAUUUUGACGCCGGUUUCGUUCCGCUGUCUGCUGUCCCGCCUGUCUCUGCCGGAUUUUAUGAAAGCCCGCAUUUUGCAAGUGAAGUACCUUUUGGCCCACCUCAAGUAACAUCAGCUGCUAGACUUGUAUUUCAAGUACCUCCACCACCAGUUUCUGCUACUCGUUCUCAAUUUAUAACCAAUGGCGAGUACUAUAGGUCAUUCGUCAAGGAACAGGAGGACCGGGACAACGAAAAGCUUUCACCUGCGCUGAAUCAGGACAAGGAGGAGCAAGAGAUGGUUGGGUAUCCCCGCGAGUUUGACCGCAGCUCGAAGCAGUAUUCUUCGUAUCAUAAGCCAGCGAUGGAUGCCAGAAACUUCCAUAACGGGUACCACUCGGGUUCAAUUUAUCAAAACAGGUACGGCUAUCCCUCGAUGGAAUUACAACAACCAGGUGUUUUAGAUCCUGUUAUGACCAGAAGCUACGCCAUGGAGGACUAUCUGUCCGACAAUGCAGCACUUUAUGACGCAUAUCCCGGAGGCGCUUAUUGCGCGCCCUCGAGUAAACCUUAUACCCCAGGCUAUCGAUUGACGCCCGUGGCUCCUUCCACCCCUUAUUUGGGAACAGCACAGUUUAGUAAUAAACAAUUACCUGUUGGCCAAGCGAAGAAUCAUCCCAUGAAUCCCUAUUAUCAAUCGUCCCCUGGCUUUCGACGCUGGGGUAAUGUACAUGGGUAUUUGAGAGGCUUUCCUUCUAUCCAAGCCACUUCAGCUCCUCAGGUUCCAUCUCACGCGAUGCAGCAUCCCCAUUCUGCGUCCAAGAUGUACUUCAAUAAACCAAACAUGGUUCACAAAACAUCGUCAAGAACCCCUAAGCAAAGGUCUCGAGCUAAAAAGCUCCCCUCGGUCUCACGCUCUGCAUUGAUGAAGAAUCGCAAUCACAAUAGAAGCGACUCAGGCCAUGACACGACCAACAUGUGCAUGUCACCAUCCGAGCCUAGCUUGAGGUCGCUGGACGAGACUAGCACUAAAGCAGGCUACCCCGCUAACAAUUACAAAAACACUUUUUCCAAGAAAGAUGAGGAUCAAAAGGUUAUUUACAAGUAA